UGUGUGCGUGGUGCGGGCGAUCAGCGAACACCAUCGCCGUCGCGCGUUCUCUUAGCAGGGGAGAGCAGCCCUCGCUUUAUUUGCCAAUUACGGCGCCGAUGCGCGGUGCGGAGCGUUAAAUGUGCGUGCAGGAUGUCGAAUCCGGGCGGUAGUAGGAGGAACGGAGCCAUGAAGAUCCGUCUAACAAUUUUAUGCGCCCGCAAUCUCGCUAGGAAGGAUUUAUUUCGCUUACCCGAUCCCUUUGCUAAAAUAACUGUCGAGGGUUCUGGACAGUGUCACAGUACAGAUACCUGCAAAGCUACUCUUGAUCCUAAAUGGAAUCAACACUAUGACCUAUAUAUCGGAAAGAACGAUGGAAUCACCAUAUCUGUAUGGAAUUAUAGAAAAUUCCAUAAGAAACAGAACGGAGGGUUUCUAGGAUGUGUACGCAUAUUAUCGAAUACUAUCCAAAGACUUAAGGAUACAGGAUAUCAACGUUUGGACCUAUGUAAAGCUCAUUCCGAUGACACGGAUGUUGUGAAAGGGCAAAUUGUCGUAUCUCUGAUGUCGCGCGAUGGCCAUAACGGUGCUGUGAGCAAUACAGUCGGUCAUAACGCCGUGGUCGACGUGCUCGGAGAUCUGAGCUGUCCGAAUGAUUUACCGGAUGGUUGGGAAGAAAGGAGAACGGAAAGUGGUCGACUUUACUAUGUAAAUCAUCACACGAAGAGCACGCAAUGGAUUCGCCCGAAUGCUCGGCCUAACACUGCUAUUAUACCGACGACACCGGAACCACCGCCGUUGUCGUCGUCGGAGCCUACGUCUCCCAGCAGUAGUGCGAGCUCUCCGAACGUAAGAAAUGAAGGGAGUCCUGCGAGACAUACGUCGCCUGAAUGGACUGGCGGGGAUGGCACGCCGAGUCAAACACCUAGUCGAGAUAAUUCGACGCAAAAUACUCCGAGAAAUACACCGACGCAGCAGCAACAACAACAGAAUCGCAAUCAGCAACAGAAUCAGCACAAUGUAAGAAACGCGACAACGCCGGCAUCGUCUUUGAGGGAGCGGCGCGUCUUUAGAGGAACCGAUGAACAAAACGGCAAUCAAAGUGCGAACGGAAGGGUAGAACGUGGCCUUAACAAUGGGGGUCAAAUUCGAAGGCCUAAUCGCAGUAACAGGAACAGAAAUAGCGUUAUGUCGAGUAGCGACAGACGAACCGAUCCGCCGCAACCGACGGAUCUACCUCGUGGUUACGAAAUGAGGAAAACCCAGCAAGGCCAAGUAUAUUUCUAUCAUGUACCAACUGGAUCUUCUACUUGGCACGACCCGAGGAUUCCACGCGACUUGCAAGCUAACGAAUUGACGAACGAGCUUGGUCCUCUUCCCAGCGGAUGGGAAAUGAGGCAGACCCAAAGUGGACGGGUAUACUUUGUAGAUCACAAUAACAGGACAACGCAGUUUACCGAUCCCAGGCUAUCCAGUCAAAUAAUAAGCAAUCUGCUGAAUAGGAGGCAAAAUAAUAACACGAACAAUCAAACCGCGAAUAAUGCGAACAAUUCGGUGACGAGUGAGACCGCUGAGGCCGAUACAACGAAUUCAUCGAUGGUUCAGCCUACCACGCCGCAGCAGCCAACGAGAAAUGAAAAUGGAAGUAACAACAAUUCUCCAACAAUGGAAAGCACUCCAUCCCAAAAUGCUCAAACAGUGUCGGAAUUACCGAAGGAGCUCAUGGACAAUGAACUUCUUCCGAAAUACAAACGUGAUUUAGUAGCAAAAUUGAAAUGCCUUCGAGCGGAAUUGAAUGCUCUUCAGCCUCAGAGUGGACAUUGUAGGUUGGAGGUGUCGAGAAAUGAAAUAUUCGAAGAAUCGUACAGAUUGAUAAUGAAAAUGCGUCCGAAAGAUAUGCGCAAGAGGCUCAUGGUCAAAUUCCGCGGCGAGGAAGGCCUUGAUUACGGCGGUGUGGCACGCGAAUGGUUAUAUUUAUUGUCUCAUGAGAUGCUAAACCCGCAAUACGGGCUCUUUCAGUAUUCGAGAGACGAUAAUUAUACGCUUCAAAUUAAUCCAGAUUCAGGCAUAAAUCCAGAACAUUUAUCGUAUUUUCAUUUUGCCGGAAGGAUUAUAGGCAUCGCCGUUUUUCAUGGUCAUCACAUUGACGGUGGUUUCACGACACCGUUCUAUAAAAUGCUGCUUAAUAAAGCUAUAACUUUGAGCGAUAUAGAAGGAGUCGAUCCAGAACUGCACAGGAGCCUCACAUGGAUGCUGGAAAAUAGCAUAGACGGCGUGUUGGAUGCUACUUUUUCCGUAGAGCACAGUAGUUUCGGCGUUUUGAAGAAUCACGAGCUAAAGCCAGGCGGUAAAGACAUUCCGGUGACGGAAGAAAACAAGAGAGAAUACGUUCGCUUAUACGUAAACUAUCGAUUUAUGCGCGGUAUCGAGCAACAGUUCUUAGCGUUACAGAAAGGAUUUCACGAAUUGAUACCUCCCCUGUUACUAAGACCGUUUGAUGAACGCGAAUUGGAGUUAGUUAUUGGCGGUUUGGGCACUAUUGACAUAAACGAUUGGAAGAUGCAUACUCGACUUAAGCAUUGCACACCCGAUACGCCGGUUGUACAAUGGUUUUGGCAGAUAGUAGAAUCGUACGGUGAAGAAAUGAGAGCGAGAUUGCUUCAGUUCGUUACCGGUAGCUCCAGAGUUCCGUUACAAGGAUUCAAAGCUUUGCAAGGAUCGACAGGAGCGGCGGGUCCACGGCUCUUCACGAUUCACGCCGUUGAUGCCCCGAGCGAAAAUCUACCAAAAGCACAUACCUGUUUCAAUAGAAUAGACAUACCGCAAAGUUAUCCGACUUAUCAAAAGAUGCUUGACAAGCUUACGCAGGCGGUUGAAGAAACUUGUGGCUUCGCUGUCGAGUAAUAUGGUACGAUUAUUGCAGUUUUAGUACGAUCGUUUCUCUAUUACGAUAGUACAUAUUUCGGCAAUCUUGGAUUCCCAUAAUAAACGACGUUUUACAAAUUCUUUAAUAAAAGAAACAGGAAAUUAUUUAUUUUCUAUACUUACAAAACAACAAAAAAUAGGAAAAUCCAGCAGGUCUUAGAAAAAUCCAGUGAGUCUAAUAGAAAACGUUAAUAUGUGAAAUCGUUUCACGUAUAAUACCUAUAUACGAAUAUCAAUGGCCUUGCAAUUAUGAACUUUGCAUAUCUUGCAUAUCUCACGAUACAUGUCCUUUUUUAAACAUAAAUUUGAGUAACAAUUUUUAGAAAACUAGUAUAUUGGCCUUUAAAUAUUUAUUAUCUGGUUAAAUAAUUCAGUUUACGGGGAUCUCUAGUGAAUAUUUUGAUCAAUCUGUUUUCUACGUUUACUUAUGCACACAUAUACAUUUAUCAAAGUUCUUAUCAAUUUUCACAUCUUUUCAAGUAAAAUCACUAAUUUUGUUUAAUUCAUCGAAGUUAGUUUUAUUAUUUUAAUUACGAUAUAAAUAUAAGGUAAAACAUGCACAAGUAUUUUUGGAAGAAAAUCUUCCAAAAUUUUAUGAUUAUAUAGUUAUAGGAUGUUCAUACUGUACAGAUUUUUUUAUUAAAACACAAAACAUGUGUAGUAUCAACGUGAAAGAAUCUCGAAGUUAUGAACGUAGCAAUAUAUGACAUAGGGAAUCAAUUCGCAUUAUGCCCGUUCUAGACUGGCGGAUGAGCCAACUCUCGGCUCAUCCGAGUGAGUGGUGUAGACGG